AUGGCUCUAUUCCUUUUGGCCCUUCUCACCAUUCUCUUGGCCUUUACCGUAGCCAUUGGUACCUUGCAUUACCAUGUUUCCGAACAUGGAGGCGCAGGGGCCUGGCUCAGAGAGUUGACGCUGAUGGCCUUGAGGAUGUAUGCGCAAGAGCACUAUUUGGAGUUGAAGGAGUCAUCGAUCAUCGUCUUUGUGGCUCUUUGCAUUUUUGUUUUCUUGUCUGCGAUCUUCCUGGCCAACCUCCUGGUAGCGCAGUUCGCACAUACUUACCAUACUGCCCAUGCCAACAUGAAGGGCAUUGCCCGGCUGAAGCGCGCGAACAUCACCUGCACCACCUUGAAAGACAUCCCCCAGCACCGGCGUAUGGCCUUCCUGGACUCCUUGGGCCUUGAGGUCUUAGAGCCCGCCAUCGAGAGGGUGGUCACAGAGGACACCAUCAAGCGCUUUGGGGGACCAAGUGCUCCAACCGUACCAUGGCCCAAGGAGGAAGCGGACAAGCUGGCCGCUUUAGAAAACAAGCUGAUGAAGGUUGUCAAGAGUGGCAAGGCGCAUCGCAAUAGCCGCACUUGUCAUGGCGGCAGCGGCGGAGAAGGGAGCGGCCCACGGCCGCUGGCGCGACCGCUGUGGGUGUCAGCAUGUGUGAGGAGGAGUGAGGGUGCAACCCCCCCAAGUUGUUGGACAGCCAAACAUGCCAUCGAGGCCGUCCGGCUGCAGGAAUUCACUACAUUGUACAUUGCAUGUGCCUGA